CAAGUGUCUAGGCCAGAAUCGAACCAGUUUGCACCGAGAAAUUGAUAACGAUCCCAAAAAUCGUAUAAAUAGACGGCUCUCUGUGAGAAGCAGCACAGUUGGAAAGACGAUUCUGUGUUUGACACAACUUAAAUAUUAAAAACUAAACAUGAAAUUCCUGUCGGUUAUCUUAAUCGCAAUUGCCAUGUUCGCUGUGGCAUCGGCUCAGUGGGGAGGUGGAUUUGGUGGUGAACAACAACAACAACAGCAGGGUGGCUUUGGCGGUGGAUUUGGAGGUGGCUUUGAACAGCAACAGCAGCAACAAGAAGGUGGAUUUGGAGGUGGCUUUGAACAGCAACAGCAACAACAAGAAGGCUUUGGAGGUGGCUUUGGAGGUGGCUUUGAUCAGCAACAGCAACAACAGGGAGGCUUUGGAGGAUGGUAAUUUCAUGUUGAAUCCCAAGCCUAAGUAAACUGGACGAAUGCUGAGACUGACAUAAUUGUACAUUCGAUUUUAAUGAAUGCUGUUAUAAUGCUACGUUUUUAUAAAAUUGCUUAUCAAAGCGCCAAAAGAGUAA